UCCCAUCCUGACAGCUGCCUGCCGCUGCGCUUGUGUGACUGCGGAACUCUGCAGGGUGGGUGCUGGUUUCCGGCCGGACACGUUAUCUGCUGCACUGAAUGUCAAUAUUUCUGCUAAGGUCGGGCUCCAACAAUGGCGAGGGUGGUACGGAUCUUUAAGACUCUACGGAACCACUGGAAGAAAAGCACUGUGGGAUUUUGUUUGUUGGCUUAUGGAAGCCAUUGGAUGUAUGGCAAACACUGUGAUAACCUGCUGAGGAGAGCCGCAUGUGAAGAAGCGCAGGUGUUUGGAAACCACCGGAUUCUCCCCAAUUCGGCAAUAAAGAAAGCGACUGUGUUUCUAAACCCUGCGGCAUGUAAAGGGAAAGCGAGGACCCUCUUUGAGAAGAACGCAGCCCCCGUCCUACAUUUAGCCGGCAUAGACAUCACUGUUGUAAAGACAGAUUAUGAAGGGCAGGCAAAGAAGCUGCUGGAACUCAUGGAAAAGACUGAUCUGAUCAUUGUUGCUGGAGGGGAUGGAACUCUGCAAGAGGUUAUCACGGGGCUCCUACGCAGAGAGGAUCAGGCCUCCUUCAGUAAGGUCCCCAUCGGAUUCAUCCCUCUGGGAGGCACCAACACACUCAGUCGGACCCUCUAUCCUGAAAGGGAGAAUAAGGUCCAGCAGAUCACAGAGGCCACACUUUCCAUACUUAAAGGAGAGACUGUUCCACUUGACGUCCUUAAGAUAAAGGGGGAGCAAGAUCAGCCUGUGUUUGCAAUGCAGGGGAUACGAUGGGGGAGCUACCGGGAUGCCUCAGUGAAAGCCAGCAAGUACUGGUAUCUUGGGCCCCUGAAGGCCAGAGCGGCUCAUAUGUUCAGUGCAUUAAAGGAGUGGCCCCAGCAACACCAGGCCUCCAUCUUGUACCUCGGCCCAGCGGAGCGCCCCCCGGAGGAGCCAGAGCAGAAACCAACUCGCCCCCCUCUGCAUGUCAGGAUAUAUCGGAGGCUGGCUCUUUAUUGGUCACCCCCAAAAGUCGAGGUUCCUGCUGAACCCGUCCCAGAACCCUGGGAAGAAGCCCAGCUCUCUGCUGUCGAAGUUUCCAUCACCACUGAGAACCAUCAGCCUGACCUCAUGCGCACGUUGGAUUCCAUGAGUAUCCGUAUAGAACCUGACACCAUCAGUAAAGGGGAAUUUAUCCAUUUAGGGGCCCAGAAGAUGGCCGACCCUCUCUUGCACCCCGGGGACUCCCAGGUUCUACUUGCCAGUCGCUGUAGCCUGCACCUCCCCCAGGGAACCGAGGGGCAUUUCAGUAUAGAUUCUGAGGAGUACGAGGCCAUGUCGGUGGAAGUGACCCUCUUGCCCCGCAAGCUGCACUUUCUCUGCCACCCCACACGGAAACAGGAGCUGCUGCAGAGCCCGACGGCUACUGGCCAAAGCUAGCCCCACCCAUCGCUCAACCAUUACUAGCCAAUGAACCGUCGGCAGGAAACCAGCGCCCCCGUGUGGCUCCAGAACCAAGGGGCAAUAUCACUGCCAAUGGGAAGCCACUUGCUUGUCCGUCCUACUGCCAUCAGUACAGAGACAUUGUAGUUCUACUAUCUGGAAAGGCAGUAUGAGCGGAACCUACAGAACCAAGGAACCGUGGGUCCAAACAGAGCCAGGGGGGGAGAAGCCAAUAGCGCCCCCCAGUGUUUGUUUUGGGACAAAAUAAUGAAUAAAUGUAAGUGGUUUUUACCUUCAA